AUGUCGGUUUCAGAUGACUCGGAUAUCGAAAGCAUUAUCAGCGAAUCUGAGGGCGAUGAAGAGGCGGGCUUCGACGAGAUUGAUCAUGAGUUCUCUGAUGGUGACAGCGGCAAUGGACAGGCAGUGAGCAAAGUGUGUCGCGACCGACAGAUAUUCAGAGCGACGAACUGUUUGCUAGGAAUCGGACCUAAUCUUGUUAGGAAAGGCGAUCUAGUAUGUGUUGUUGCUGGAGGCUCAGUUCCUUAUAUUCUACGACCUUUGGGUGAUGACACGUUUUACUUUUGUGGGAGAGUGUUACGUGGCUGGAUACUUAUUUGGAGAGGCCGUGUCGGAACGGAAGUCCCAAGCACGGGCCUUGAGCUUGCGGCGAUUUACUCUGAGGUAGACUCAAAGUCAUGCCCAUCUGUUCUAUCCUCAAAUUAA